UUUGAGUGGAAAUUAGUAUAAGAGAUGACACGAAAGCGAUUGAAACCGCAGUCACUGUUGAGACAAAUCAAAGCCGAAGAGGAAGAAGUUCUGAAGAAGAAGAAGCGUUUCGAAGACACUCUCAUCAGUCACUUCAAGAUCCAGAGAUCCACUGUGUGCUGCAUCUGCGAGCUCUCAGUCAUUUUGGUGGUACAGCGACCGCACAGAGCGAAGGCCUCAUCAAAUUUGGAGGUCUUUUCGGGCAGAUAUGCCGUCCCGUCCUUUAUCUCACACUUUCUGGUCAUCUGA